GGUUCCGAUUUGCCCAUCUAUAUAUGGUAUGAAAGCUAUCCGGAGCACAUCGAAGAGGGCUACAAGGGCCGUGUGUCACGCGUCUCACAGGACUCACCGUUCGGUUCGGCCUCACUCAAUUUGACCAACAUCAAGGAGUCGGAUCAAGGCUGGUAUGAGUGUAAAGUGGUAUUUUUAAAUCGUGAUCCCAAGCAGCAUAAGAACGGUACAUGGUUCCAUUUAGACGUACAUGCACCGCCACGUUUUAGUGUUACACCAGAGGAUAUUAUAUAUGUUAAUUUAGGCGACUCAAUUAUUCUAAAUUGUCAAGCGGAUGGCACCCCAACACCAGAGAUCUUAUGGUACAAAGAUGCUAAUCCCGUUGAUCCCUCGUCUACUGUUGGCAUCUUUAAUGAUGGCACCGAGUUACGGAUCUCCACCAUCCGACACGAGGACAUCGGAGAGUACACUUGCAUUGCACGCAAUGGUGAGGGACAAGUCUCCCAUACGGCCCGUGUUAUAAUAGCGGGCGGCGCUGUAAUCAUGGUGCCGCCCACUAAUCAGACCAAACUCGAGGGCGAAAAGGUGAUAUUCUCGUGCGAAGCGAAAGCAAUGCCCGGCAAUGUUACCGUUAGAUGGUUUCGCGAAGGCUCUCCCGUGCGGGAGGUGGCCUCACUGGAGACGCGCGUUACAAUACGUAAAGAUGGUUCCCUUAUCAUAAAUCCCGUUAGCGCUGACGAUUCUGGUACUUACUUGUGUGAGGUGACGAAUGGCAUUGGAGAUCCGCAAAGCGCCUCGGCUUAUUUAAAUGUAGAAUAUCCUGCCAAAGUGACCUUCACACCCACUGUACAGUAUCUACCCUUCCGUUUGGCCGGCGUCGUACAGUGCUACAUUAAAUCGAAUCCGACACUGCAGUAUGUCACCUGGACCAAAGACAAACGCCUACUCGAACCGUAUCAGAUGAAGGAUAUCGUCGUCAUGGCCAACGGUUCAUUGCUCUUCACGCGCGUCAAUGAGGAUCAUCAAGGUCGUUACACCUGUACGCCAUACAAUGCACAAGGCACACAGGGCUCAUCCGGCCCCAUGGAGGUGCUCGUACGCAAACCGCCCACAUUCACCGUCGAACCGGAGUCGCUGUAUCAGCGCAAAGUGGGCGACAGCGUCGAAAUGCAUUGCGACGCCAUCGAAGCGGAGGGCACACAACGGCCCACCAUCAAAUGGCAACGUCAGGAUGGCGGCGAUUUGAGCGAAACGCAGCGCACCCGUGUCAAAGUGUCCGGUGGCAAUAUAACCAUCGAGAAUUUACGCGGCGAAGACUUUGGCUACUAUCAGUGUGUCGUCUCGAAUGAGGUGGCCACACUAAUGUCGGUAACGCAGCUGGUCAUCGAGGGCACACAGCCGCAUGCACCGUACAACAUCACCGGCAAAGCGACCGAGUCAUCGAUUACGCUGCAAUGGAUGCCCGGCUAUAGCGGCGGCUCCGAAUACAAGCAGGACUAUACGAUUUGGUAUCGCGAAGCGGGCGCCGCCGAUUGGCAAACCAUUUCGGUCACRCCAUCCGGCAGUACACAGGUCACAAUCAACGGCCUGGCUUCGGGCACCACGUAUGAGUUUCAGGUCGUCGGACGCAAUGUCCUCGGCGACGGACUGAUGAGCAAGGUGAUGACGGUGCGCACACUGGACCUUUUAGCGUAUUUUGACAUUUAUUUUCAUACCGAUUCGAAUGGUUCGAUCGUUUAUUCACCGCCAAAAUUAAAAUUGAAAGGUCCCAAACCCGGUCCGCCACGCAAUCUAACCGUCACGGAGGUGUCCAAUGGUUUUCUGAUCUCAUGGCAGGCGCCACUGGAACGCGCACACAUCGUCAAAUUCUACACGAUCAAGUAUCGCACCGACGCCCAGUGGAAGACGCUGAAUCGCGGCCAAAUACGGCCCGAGGAGACACAGUAUUUAGUUAAGAAUUUAGUCGGCGGUCGUACGUAUUAUUUUCGCGUCUUAGCUAAUUCGGAAAAAUCCUACGAGUCCAGCGAUGAAGUGAAAUUUCCGGUGCCGGCACGUGUCAAGCAUAAAGCAAUAACAGCCGGUGUCGUUGGGGGCAUCCUGUUUUUUAUUGUUGCGAUCAUUUUAUCGGUUUGUGCCGUAAAAAUUUGCAAUAAACGUAAACGACGAAAACAGGAAAAAGAGUUCAAUAUGGUAGCUUGCCGGAUAACGGAUGCCCGUAAUAUAGCGGCGAAUAAUCAUCAUUUGCAACACCAUCAGCAGCAGCAGCAGCAACAACAGCAACAGCACACGCAAUUGCAUCAACAACACCAACACCAUCAACUACAACAUAACUUGCACAGCCGCAGUACGGGCUCGCUUUCCGCUGGUCAAGUGCCUUUAAAAAAAUUUAAACAAGCCCGAAUAUCAAGUCUAACCACGAUACUAAUUGCUAUAUUGCACUGGAUUUGGCCGCCGGACCGCUGCACCAACUGCCACUCCAUCUACAGUUCACCGCAUGCCGAGGAGGAAGGUGCACGYGAYCGCCACUCCGUUAGUCAAAUUCAACGGUCUGUCGACGGACGGUUCGUAAUCUCGACCGCUAAGGCCGGCAGCAAUGGCAAACUCAAUGCGCUCACAAGUGGUGCGGACAUGGAGGGCGUCGAUGAGGUGGAUACCGACACCGUACGUCGCAAUAGCCACGCUUCGCAAAAAUCUUCCAGUGACGAUGGCGGCUUUCUGUCGCGUCGCAACUUUAUUACGGCGCGUGCCUCCUGGCGUCGUCCAUUGGUGGCCUCACCUUCGCAACUGAGCUUACAGUCAGCMGUCGGUUCAGCGCGUGGUUUCCUGCAGGGACUCGGUGGCCUACUUCGUGUUGGUAGCAAUGCUGCGGUUGGUGGCAGUAGUAGUGGGCUCGCGGGUAUUUCGGCAGCUGGCGCCGUGUCUGGGGUCGGUGAGGAUGUGGCUGGCAAUGUCGGCGCGCGUUAUCAAAAYAUCUACCGYGGRCAGUAUGGACAAAACAUCUACCGCAAUUUGCAGUUGGCGCAACCGGCACAGCCCACCAGUCGUCCACUGCAUAUAAAUACUCUAAGUAGCGGUUCAUAUCUUGGCAGUCAUCARUACCACCAGCAGCAUAUGCAUAGCCURMACUUAACACCCAACUUGUACACACCGUCGCGUAUAUCACGCAUAUUUUCCAGCUCGCCAGCCAGCACGCCGAAUGACACCUUAGGCAGCGGUACCCAUCAGCAUAUUAGCGGUCUCGGCGACACUAGUGUUGGCGGUGGUGGCGGCUUACUCACUUCACCGUGGUCGCUGACGACACCUGGUAGCGGACAUCUGCAUCCGCAUUUCAGCGAUUUGAGCAGCGUGUAUCCAAGCUCRGCCGAGCGUUCAUUACCGACGCCAUCAGCGACUAGUGGCAAUCUCAGUCGUUAUCGCUAUUAUGCGCACGAGCUGCCAUCGCUGCGCACCAUACAAGAGGAAACGCGACGCUACAACCAACAGCAACAAGAGGAGAAACAACAGCAGCAGCUGCAAACAUCAGAUGGCUUCGUACCACUACAAAUACCGUCGCCACCAUCAUGGCGGAAUUACUACCACUCCCAGCUACCAUAUCACAGUUACCGACCGCGUACACGCUGGUAUCCACGUCACUACGCACGUCUAUUUGGACGCACACAAUCGGAGCUGAUGUCGCCAUUACCGCAUCUGAAUCUCACGCUACGCUCUGCGCCUGUAGGAGCUAUGGGCUUGGAAGCUUCGCCAGAGUCGCGCUCCAGUUCAAGUGGUUUUGGCUCGAAGAACAACUCUAAUCAUCCACAAGGAUCUCAUCACUCGGGCAGCACGAGUGAAUGGCGAUUACUGCCGCCCUAUCGUCCACCGCCACCCCCGCCAGCCAGUAACAGCGCUUACUUCGGCAUCACAGCGCUGUCUGCACAGCAGCAGGCACAGGCACAAGCACCAACAAGCCAUCAUCACCAGCAAUUGCACCACCCGCCCUUAUUCGCUUCCAACUCACUGCCCUACUAUGCGUCUUACAGCGRAGCAGCUGGUAGCGGCUUGCAUCAGCAACAGCGGCAACAACAUCGACCGACAACGCCACCCUACACCAUGGAACACUGGCUUGGUAUGAUCUCAGACCUCGAUGCGGCCACGGAUAAUGUAAAUCUACCAAAGUCGGUAGAUGUGGGCAGCGUCGAUGGGCACUACGAAUUCGACCCGGCCACCCCGACACCCAGCGCUUCCACACCCACCGGCGGCCUGCUACGCGAUGAUCUCAAUUUGCACGUGGACACCACCGGCCAUCACACGCUUGGUCCGCUCAGCAGUGGCAGCCUUUACCACAACGCUGUUAGCGCGACCACAGUCACUUCGGGUGCCGCCACAUACGCCGGUCCUAUGCGUAAGCAACGCUUCUCACGCUACGACAAUGUGGAAGCGCGCUUGCAGGCGAUGCGCGCCGAGUUCUACGAGUACCGCAAGCGACAAGCGAUGCAGCAGGCGGGCGUGGCUGAACUGGAGAGUGUCUGCUGAGUUGAAUCUUUGAAAAUUGUGAGCGUAUGUGUGUUAGUGUUGUAAGUAACGUGUGUCUAGUUAGCGAUAAGUAGGGUUAGACUAAGUCGUCUAAAGUAUAAAAUCAAAUGUAACUAAUUUCCAGCYGAACAAAAUGCAAACGAAUGUUUUAAUGCUGCCCAAMAAAAGUUAUCGCAAAAUUUAAGGAAUUCUUAGAGACCGUGUGUGAAGCCUGUGCAUUACUUAGCGACAGCGCUUAAUCACUUAUUUCAUAUUCUUAGUUAUUUAGCAAUAAAUACACUACUGAACUACUGAUGUCUGAUGGCAAUACUCCCGAAUGCUGUUUUUCAAAAUAUAARUACAACUGCUCGUUUUCAAAGAGAUUGAUAUGUAGAGAAAAAGCUCAAGUCGUACAAUUAAAUGUGUAGAUCGCGGAAAACUUUAGMUGCAGCUUUCUGAGAAAAAAAACUCUGUUCGAUGCUGUUAGAAACCACAUUUUCUACUAAACAGCCUCUGAAAACGACUUGAGCGUCUUUUUAAAGCUCUUUUGAAAACCAUUUCAGACAACUUUUGAGCUUUCUUGAAGUUUCUAAAAACUUUAUAUGAAAAGCUUUCGUCACACUCUCUUCCAGCUCUCUUCUCGUGGCUUCAAAAACCGUUAUAUGAGGAGCUUUCAUCACACUCUCUUUUCGCUCUCUUCUUGUAGCUUCUAAAACCGUUAUAUGAAAAGCUUUCAUCACAUUCUCUUUUCUCUCUCUCUCUAAGAUCAAAUAAACUUGAACAUUUCCCGUACAUCGCGCACUAAUCGAGUACUUAGAGUACAGUUGUGGGUAAUUAAUUAAAGAUUACAUUGAAAUGACGAAACGCAAGUAACAUUAGCGGCAGUUUUAUGCUAAAACUAAGCAAAUGAUCCAUGUAAAUAGUAAACAUUAAGUCCUAUUUGUAGCAAAGUGAAAACAAAAAAAAAAAAAAAAA